GCUCCGCGCUCCGCACGGCCCGGCCCGGCCCCGGCGCCAUGAGCGGCGGCGGCGGCGGCGGAGGGGGCUCGGCGCCCAGUCGCUUCGCCGACUACUUUGUCAUCUGCGGGCUGGACACCGAGACCGGGCUGGAGCCGGACGAGCUGUCGGCGUUAUGCCAGUACAUACAGGCUUCUAAAGCCAGGGAUGGUGCCAGGCCUUUCACUUCCAGUACAGCUGAAGGAGAAAAUUUUGAGCAGACACCGUUGAGACGAACAUUCAAGUCUAAGGUCCUUGCCCGGUAUCCUGAGAACGUAGACUGGAAUCCCUUUGACCAAGAUGCAGUGGGAAUGCUGUGCAUGCCCAAAGGGCUGGCGUUCAAGACCCAGGCCGACCCCAGGGAGCCUCAGUUUCACGCCUUCAUCAUCACAAGGGAGGACGGCUCGCGGAUUGGCUUUGCCCUCACGUUUUACGAGGAGGUGACGAGCAAGCAGAUCUGCAGCGCGAUGCAGACGCUCUACCACAUGCACAAUGCCGAGUAUGACGUCUUCCACGCGCCCCCGGAUGGCCAGGACCACAGUGGCCUGCGGGACGGCGGGGGCGCUCCUGGGACCAAGCUGCAGCGCCUCAACUCCUACGACAUCAGCCGGGACACGCUCUACGUCUCCAAGUGCAUCUGCCUCAUCACGCCCAUGGCCUUCAUGAAGGCGUGUCGCAGCGUCCUGGAGCAGCUGCACCGGGCGGUCACGUCGCCCCAGCCGCCCCCGCUGCCCCUGGAGAGCUACAUAUACAACGUCCUCUACGAGGUGCCGCUCCCGCCCCCCGGCCGCUCCUUGAAGUUUUCCGGGGUCUACGCGCCCAUCGUCUGCCAGAGACCGAGCACCAGCGAGCUGCCCCUGUUCGACUUUCCUGUCAGAGAGGUCUUCGAGCUGCUGGGGGUGGAGAACGUGUUUCAGCUCUUCACUUGCGCCCUGCUGGAGUUUCAGAUCCUGCUCUACUCGCAGCACUACCAGCGGCUGAUGGCAGUGGCGGAGACCAUCACGGCCCUCAUGUUUCCUUUCCAGUGGCAGCACGUCUAUGUCCCCAUCCUCCCGGCGUCUCUCCUCCAUUUCCUAGACGCCCCUGUGCCGUACCUGAUGGGCUUGCACUCCAAUGGCCUGGAUGACCGCUCAAAGCUGGAGCUGCCUCAAGAGGCCAACCUCUGCUUUGUGGACAUUGACAACCACUUCAUUGAGCUGCCCGAGGACUUGCCUCAGUUUCCCAACAAAUUGGAGUUUGUCCAGGAGGUGUCGGAGAUCCUCAUGGCCUUUGGCCUCCCUCCCGAAGGAAACCUUCCCUGCAGCGAGAGCGCCGCCAAGCUGAAGAGGCUCCGGGCCUCCGAGCUCGUCUCCGACAAGAGGAACGGGAACGUCGCAGGCUCCCCUUUGCAACCCUACGAGCUCCUCAAGGAGAAUGAAACCAUUGCCCGCCUUCAAGCCUUGGUCAGGAGGACUGGGGUGAGCCUGGAGAAGCUGGAAGUGCGCGAAGACCCCAGCAGCAACAAGAGUCUCAAGGUCCAGUGCGACGAGGAGGAGCUCAGGAUUUACCAGCUGAACAUUCAGAUCCGGGAGGUGUUUGCAAAUCGUUUCACUCAGAUGUUUGCCGAUUACGAGGUGUUUGUCAUUCAGCCCAGCCAGGAUAAGGAGUCCUGGUUUACCAACAGGGAGCAGAUGCAAAACUUUGAUAAAGCGUCUUUUCUGUCAGAUCAGCCGGAGCCCUACCUGCCCUUCCUCUCGAGAUUCCUGGAGACCCAGAUGUUUGCUUCCUUCAUCGACAACAAAAUCAUGUGUCACGACGAUGACGAUAAAGAUCCUGUGCUCCGGGUGUUUGACGCCCGUGUCGACAAGAUCAGGCUGUUGAAUGUUCGGACCCCCACCCUGCGCACGUCCAUGUACCAGAAGUGCACCACCGGGGACGAAGCAGAGAAGGCAAUUGAGCUGCGACUGGCAAAAAUCGAUCAUACUGCGGUUCACCCGCACCUGCUGGACAUGAAGAUCGGACAAGGAAAGUAUGAGCCGGGCUUCUUCCCUAAGCUGCAGUCGGACGUGCUCUCCACUGGGCCAGCCAGCAACAACGGGAGAGUCUUCAUCGUCGGCUUUGAUCUCGCCAGGUGGACAAAAAGAAAUGCCCCUGCCCAGUGGAGGCGGAAAGACCGGCAGAAGCAGCACACGGAGCACCUGCGUUUGGACAAUGACCAGAGAGAGAAGUACAUCCAGGAAGCCAGGAACAUGGGCAGCACCAUCCGACAGCCCAAACUGUCCAACCUCUCCCCGUCCGUGAUCGCCCAGACCAACUGGAAGUUCGUGGAGGGGCUGCUGAAGGAGUGCCGCAACAAGACCAAGAGGAUGCUGGUGGAGAAGAUGGGGCGAGAGGCUGUGGAGCUGGGGCACGGGGAGGUGAGCAUCACAGGAGUGGAGGAGAACACGCUGAUCGCCAGCCUCUGCGACCUCCUGGAGCGCAUAUGGAGCCACGGGCUACAAGUAAAGCAGGGGAAAUCAGCCUUGUGGUCGCACCUGUUGCAUUAUCAGGAAAACCAGCAGAGAAAACUCGCCUCGGGAAGCGUCGGCCCGUCAGGAAUAUUUCUUGAUUCGGAGCGGAGGAAGUCCGAUGCCGGCUCAGCCAUGUCUCCCCUGAGAGUGUCCCUGAUUCAGGACAUGAGGCACAUCCAGAACAUCGGGGAGAUCAAGACUGACGUGGGAAAAGCCAGAGCGUGGGUGCGGCUGUCCAUGGAAAAAAAGCUACUUUCCAGACACCUGAAGCAGCUUCUCUCAGACCACGAGCUCACCAAGAAGCUGUACAAGCGCUAUGCCUUCCUGCGCUGCGACGACGAGAAGGAGCAGUUCCUCUACCACCUCCUCUCUUUCAGCGCCGUGGAUUACUUCUGCUUCACCAAUGUCUUCACCACCGUCUUGAUUCCUUACCACAUCCUGAUCGUGCCGAGCAAGAAGCUGGGCGGUUCCAUGUUCACCGCCAACCCGUGGAUCUGCAUCUCGGGAGAACUGGGGGAGACACAGAUUCUGCAGAUUCCCAGGAACGUGCUGGAGAUGACCUUCGAGUGCCAGAACCUGGGGAAGCUCACGACGGUGCAGAUAGGCCACGACAACGCCGGGCUGUACGCCCGGUGGCUGGUGGAGCACGUGACGGUCAGGAACGGGGUCACCGGCCACACCUACAAGUUCCCAUGUGGCCGGUGGCUGGGGAAGGGCAUGGACGACGGCAGCCUGGAGCGGGUCCUUGUUGGGGAGCUGCUCAUGUCCCAGCCGGAAGUGGAUGAGAGGCCGUGCCGGACGCCCCCCCUGCAGCCAUCCCCCAGCGUCAUCCGGAGGCUCGUGCCUGUGUCGCCCAACAGCAAGCCCAAGCUGAACACUGGGCAGAUCCAGGAGUCCAUCGGCGAGGCCGUCAAUGGCAUCGUGAAGCACUUCCAUAAGCCCGAGAAAGAGCGGGGGAGUCUGACGCUGUUGCUCUGUGGGGAAUGUGGCCUCGUCUCAGCCCUGGAGCAGGCUUUCCAGCAUGGGUUCAAAUCGCCACGGCUCUUCAAGAAUGUCUUCAUCUGGGAUUUCCUGGAAAAGGCACAGACCUACUAUGAGACUUUGGAGCAGAACGAACUGGUCCCAGAGGAGAACUGGCACACGAGGGCCCGGAGCUUCUGCCGCUUUGUCACCGCCAUCAACAGCACCCCGAGGAACAUCGGCAAGGACGGCAAGUUUCAGAUGCUGGUGUGCCUGGGAGCCAGGGAUCACCUCCUGCACCACUGGAUCGCCCUGCUGGCUGACUGCCCCAUCACGGCACACAUGUAUGAGGACGUGGCGCUCAUCAAAGACCACACGCUUGUCAAUUCCUUGAUCCGCGUGCUGCAGACCCUGCAGGAGUUCAACAUCACGCUGGAGACGUCCUUGGUCAAGGGCAUCGAUAUCUGACUGCCGGCGCUGCCGGCAGCAGGGCGGGGGGGGGGUGCCGGGGCUCUCCCCUGCCGCCCCCCCCCGAGCAGGUGCAGGCCUGGGACGUCCGCUCACUGUAAACAGACACGUAGAGGAUUUUUGGGAAAAUGAUCUAUUUUAGAGUUUAUUUGCCGAUGUGCUUUUCACACACUUCCAUGUGAAAGGGAGAUCAGCAGAGGGAGACCGAGGCGGCGCGGCUUAUUUUGAAGCCGGGCCCUCCCUCGCCGUGGUGGAGCCCGCGGCCUCCCUGGACCGAGCCCGCGGCGCCUGCGGGGCCGUCCACGUCCUCGCCCACCACGAUGCCGAGGCCAUUCCCCGUUGUUUUUAAACCACCGUUUUCUAUAUUAACAUGGCUGUGGCUGUUUGGCUGUCGCAGGCCACACAGGCGCGCUGAGCAGGCCCGUCGGGGUUCCUCGGCGGGGCCGCCCGAGUCAGCCUGCGUCUUGCCGGGCGGCGGGAGGGACCGUCGUGGCACGUCGCGUCCCUCUUGGCACACGGCCCACGGAGGUAAACAUAUGCAUGUUUCCACAGGCUUUCUUUUGCCUUUUCUUUUUUCUUUUUAACAUGUUAUUUAUUUAACCCUCCAUUGUAUGUUUUAAGUCUUUUUCUUUUUUUCUUUUUUUUACGGAAAGAAAAAGCUCGUCAGAGUCUAACUGGCUGUUAUUAUUGUUAAAUUUAUGUUGUUUUGCAACUUAGAAACCAGCUGCAGUAUGGCCCACUUAAUAAAACACCUGAAACAAAA